AUUCUACUUUUGUUAUAAGUUUUUAGGUAUUCCGACUUUUUUUUCACAACCGGCGGCGGUAAACAAAUAAUUAUUUUGGGAAAUAUUAAAUAAAAUCGAUGGCUAAGCAUCAUCCUGAUUUGAUUUUUUGCCGUAAACAACCGGGAGUUGCGAUAGGUCGUUUGUGCGAAAAAUGUGACGGCAAAUGUGUUAUAUGUGAUUCCUAUGUACGACCAUGCACAUUGGUACGUAUCUGCGAUGAGUGCAAUUAUGGAUCUUAUCAAGGACGUUGUGUUAUAUGUGGUGGACCAGGUGUAUCUGAUGCAUAUUACUGUAAAGAGUGCACAAUACAGGAAAAAGAUCGUGAUGGCUGUCCUAAAAUUGUGAAUCUUGGUAGCUCUAAAACAGAUCUUUUCUAUGAGAGAAAAAAAUACGGCUUCAAGCAAAACUACUAGCAGUGUUGUUGACAAUUUUGCGGAUUUAUGGAAGAAUUCAAAAUAUUACAUCUAUUUUUAAUCAAAUGGUGAAACUUUUAUAAACAAAUGA